AUGUCCAUUGUUGAAUCAUGGUUUAUUCCAUUCGAUAUUGUCUUAGUUAUCAGCACUGGUUUCACUGGUCUAUCAGGAGUUACUUUCCUACUCAUUAUCAUCUUUGAUAAAAUAUGUCACACUGUUCCAAUGCUAUUGAUCGCCAAUACAUCAUUGACUGCGGUUCUGUUUGGAUUUAGUAUGUUCAGUUUGGCAAUGUUCACACUACAAAGUGAUCUUCGGCAAGUUCAAACGCACGAUGUAUUUUGUGUCGUUCGCUCUUACAUUGCUUAUGGUGCGUGUGCAAUAUUCAAUUUCUCAUUUGCUCUACAAGCAUUCUAUCGGUACCUACUGAUCACCCAUCCGAACCGACUACUUUAUCAAUCAGCAAGAUUUCAGUUGCAACUUAUACUUCUCACCUGGACGUACGGCUUCAUUGUUCCCAUUGAGUUUGUUGCGCGAGGUGAAGUCGUGUACAGUGUAGACAAUCAAAUAUGUCAAAUACCACUUGAACCAUCGUUCUCUAUUAUCUACAUGGCUAGCUGUGUUUAUGUAUUUCCGAUCUUCAUAACAAUGAUCAUUUAUUAUAAAUUAAUUCGUUAUGUUAAACAUAUGAAUGCUCGAAGCACAUCUGUUAACACUGUGUUACGCGCACGGUAUGAAUUGAAAAUGUUUGAAAGUCCCUUUAAAUUACUUCUGUUUAAUCUUUGUAUACCGUUUGACAAUCAACCUCAGUUAGCCAAACAAUCUACAGUUGAUCUGGAUCUCAGUAAAUUAUCGCCAUUGACACCUGAAGUUAUUAGUCGACAAGCAACAAUAAAUAUUGGCACAAUUGGCCAUGUCGCACAUGGUAAAUCAACAGUCGUUAAGUCAUUAUCUGGUGUAUCAACAAUUCGAUUUGAAAAAGAAAAGAAAGAAAACAAGACCAUCAACUUAGGUUAUGCAAAUGCAAAAAUAUUCGAAUGUGACAAUGCAAAAUGUCCUCGCCCAGAGCGCUUUCGUUCGGCUGGUUCAAGCAAACAAGAUGUCUUUCCAUGUGAUCGCAAUGGUUGCGGUGGUCAAUUUCGACUUGUCCGACACGUAUCGUUCGUCGACUGUCCUGGUCACGACGUUUAUAUGGCCACUAUGUUGAACGGUGCUGCUAUUAUGGAUGCCGCUCUUUUACUUAUUGCUGCGAAUGAAACUUGUCCGCAACCACAAACAUCCGAACAUGUCGCAGCUAUUGGUAUUAUGAAACUGAAUUCGAUAUUGAUCUUACAAAAUAAAAUCGACCUUGUAAGAGAAGCUCAAGCGAAGGAACAAUAUCAACAAAUUAAUAAUUUUAUUAAAGGUACAAAUGCUGAAGAUGCUCCAGUCAUCCCAAUCAGCGCACAACAGAAAAUCAAUACUGAUAUUAUUUGCGAAUAUAUUACAAAAAAGAUUCCAAUACCGUUACGAGAUUUUUCAUCAAAACCACGAUUGAUUGUUAUUCGUUCAUUCGAUGUCAAUAAACCUGGAGCCGAAGUUGACAACCUGAAGGGUGGUGUUGUCGGUGGCAGUAUUCUUAAAGGUGUUCUCAAAGUUGGUCAAGACGUUGAAGUGCGACCCGGUAUUGUUUCUAAAGACAAUGAAGGCCGCCUUCGAUGCCGUCCGCUUCGUUCGAAAAUCGUUUCACUCUAUGCUGAACAAAACGAACUUGCUUUCGCUGUACCUGGCGGAUUGAUUGGUGUUGGAACAAAAAUUGACCCAACGCUAUGCCGUGCCGAUCGUCUUGUUGGGCAAGUGCUUGGCGAAGUUGGAACGUUGCCAGAAAUUUAUACAGAAAUCCAAAUAACUUAUUUUCUUCUUCGACGUUUGGUUGGUGUUAGAGAUGGAGGCAACGGAGGAGACCCCAGGGUUGCUAAAUUGGCAAAAGGUGAAAUGUUAAUGAUUAACAUUGGUUCCCUGAGUACAGGUGGCCGAGUAUUGGGCGUAAAAGAUGGCUUAGCCAAAAUCCAAUUAAUGAAUCCAGUUUGUACAGAAAUAUCUGAAAAGGUUGCUCUCAGUCGUCGCAUUGACAAAAGUUUCCGUUUGAUCGGCUGGGGUGAAAUUCGACGAGGAACGGUGAUUAACUCGCAAUAG